AUGGACAUUUCCAAAGGAUACCAACCACCGUUCUCGAUUCGGAUCAUCAGGAUUUUGCAGAAAGGAGAUUACAGAAGGGCAAAUAAAAGUGGUCAAAUAAAAGUGGUCAAGGCUUUCAACUCUACGACCGACGUUGUUACAUACCACAGAUCCAGAAAUGUUGUAAACAUACAAGAUGCAGCCAUAGCAGCUUCUCCAGAAAGACAGCGGCAGAACGGAUUGGCUCAUGGAAUUGGAAUGGCCAUAGUUUGGUGUACUGAUAAUAUCGGAUAUACAAACAUUCUAAAGUUUCACAGAAACAUGCAAUUGUUUGGCGUGUUGCUUGUUGGCACAUUUGGUGCUGCUGCCGCCAUUGCUACUAUUGCCAACAUACAAACGAAUCACGCAAAAGUUGGAUUAGCCGUCUAUAUUGCUACUUUCUUUAUUUGGGUCGACUACUUACUGGUCACUGCAAAAAA